AUGAAACACAAACGGAAUCAUGGAUUAUUUGAAUUAUUUGAGGUAUACGGUCGUGUAUACAAGUUUGAUUGCUAUUACCGUUUUGCCAAACGCCAUAACCUGAAAGGUCAACUGCCUGAAGGAAGCAUGAAAUUUUUGGCAACAACCAGCACUCUUUUGGGUAUGCGCAGUGGGUUUGGAAAAGCCUGGGCAAUCCUACGACUUCUACUCUAUGUUAUUUAUUUAACACUACAAUGGAUUUAUCAGAAAACCACAGAGGUUGUUCGAGUAAUCAACGGUACAGCAGAAAUUCCUGAUGGUAAAGUGAGGAUGUUCCCCAUUAUCUGGAGGCAUAAACUUGAUCCAAAUGAAACGGAAAAGAGGCAGGAUUUCGUACUCGCUGCUGGACAUUUUGAAAGCGUUGAGCUGCUUAAUAAUUCACACUGGGCGAUGUACUCUAUCGAAAGGGAUUAUAUCCUGUUUGUGCUGCUCCCUGAACCUAUCUACAGUUACAACAUCAGUGAAUAUCCGUUCAUAUUCGUACCAAUGUUUGAAAGAGCUUUGGCUGUGGCAGAGAUGAAGCGCAGAGAAUUCUUGAAGUUUGCUGAUAAACUUGAAGCUCAACCUCAGCCGAAAACCGUAUUAUACACUAAUACAACUCGAUGUGGUAGUACGUUGCUGGGAAAAAUGCUGCACAGACCAGGCAUUUCUGUGUGUUAUGGUGAGUUUCCGGCGUUGACAAUUCUUGCCAUUGCACUCGGAGAAGGAUUCAUGAGUGAAGCUGAAGUACGUGAAUUACUGCAUGCCACCAUCACAUGUCUAAGAGCUCACCUUCCUUCUGGGGUUCUUUGCAUCCUGAAAACUCAAUGCUUCGAAGCAAGACUUGUACCAUUGUGUGAAGGGAUACCGAAUCUCAAGCACAUCUUCAUGUUUCGGAAGAAAGCACUUCUCUCAGUAGAGAAGGCGACUGGCCGCGAAAAAUUCCUUUACCCUCUGCUGUUAGAGCUCUAUAAGUUCUCUCCGUUUCUCUCACAAUGUAUCGGUAGUGCCAUUGCUGUUGAUGGAAGAUGGGUUCGACUACUUCAUCCCCCCAAUAUGAGAGCUUGGGCAGCGAUUAUGCUAGCCUCACCAAUGUCAGACUAUUUGAAAAACAAGGAUAUGUAUUGUCAUCCCAUUGUGUGGUUCCAUGAAGUCAUCAAUGACACAGAGAGGGUUUUGACUUCUUUGUUCAACGAGAUCGGAAUCCCCCUUUCAUGCAUACCUGAAGCUGUAGAGUGCAAGAAAACUGAUUCACAAGAAGGAUCGUUCCUUUCAUCGCAGAAACUGACACAUAUUAAGUUAGCUCCGAUAACAAGCAGUGAACGGGCGAUGUUUGAGGACUAUGCAAAGAAAAUGAAUGUGCCUGCGGAUGUUUUUGAAGUAGACUGA